AUGAAGUGGCUGCUGUUUUUCGUCUGUGUGUCCGUCGUUGGAGCCCUUUCUUGGCCCUAUUAUUGGCAUCGGAACGGGAAAAAACCGGAAGAGUGCACUGCGCAGGAGGACUUUGUAAAAUCCGGCUCGGUCUGCGACAGGGAGAUAUGCAGUGGGCCGGUGAAAGACUGCGUCAAAAUGCUCAGUCACAACGUUUGCUUGUGCAAGCCCGGCCUGACGAUGAAGCUUCUGCUGUUUUUCGUCUGUCUGUCCGUCGUUGGCGCCUUGGAAUAUUAUUGGCACUAUGGCGAGCAAAAGCCGGAAGACUGCACGGCGCAGGAGGAGCUCAGCACAUCCGGUAUAAUGUGCGAUAGUGAGAUCUGCAGUGGGCCAGUGCAUGGUUGCCCCGACGUGUUCGCUGAAAACCUCAACGUCGUGCUGAAUUCGUACGGAAAGCACCAUGCA